AUGAUCGAGCGCAAGAAGCGCUUCAUGGACGCAGCGCAGGUGCCCAUGGAGUACGACGCUGUCACCAACAUGAUGGAGCCCAAGGAGCCGAUCUGCAACCUCUCGCACGAGGAAGUGAUGAUGCUCGAGAUCAUGCUCUUCGACGAUGAGGACAGCGAGGGCUGCAUGGGCCCCGGCGAGGGCAUGGCGUACCCUGGCUUCCCCAUCGCGACGUACCCGACACCGAGCAUGCCGUCCGGCAACAUGUCGCUGUAG